UGCUUACAGUCGGGAAGUAGAGGCACUUCCUCCUUCAUACCUCUCCUGGUUGUGAAACCAUAUCAUUUCAUUUUAAUGGGGAUCCAGGGGCCUGUCACAGCUCCAAACACUGAAUCCUUCUAGAUCAGGAGGUUGGACCCAAAGCUGCGGCGGAUGUCGGCCGCUUCGGUCCUGGAAGUCUCUUUAUUUUUAGUGCGUAAAAAGCGGCUGGAGUGAAAAUAAUGGCUGCGACGUAGCGCAACUUUUGGAUCCAAGGGGUGGAUGAUCGAGAGUCGGACUCAGUGCUGCUGGUGACUUUUACGGACUAGAGGGAGACUUGGAAGAGGACUUUCAGCAUGAAGAAACAGUUCAAUCGGAUGAAGCAGCUGGCCAACCAGACUGUUGGAAGAGCUGAAAAAACUGAGGUCCUGAGUGAUGAUCUCCUUCAGAUCGAGAGGCGGAUGGAGCUGGUGCGGCUGGCCUCGCACAACAUGCACAAAAGGCUGGUGUCCUGUCUGCAGGGUCAACUUGGUCCUGACACGGACAAAAGAUUUAAAAAGCUGCCGCUAGCAGGACUGUCCCAGACCAUGCUAGAAGGUGCUACUCAGCUGGGAGACGAGAGCCUGAUUGGCAAGAUGCUGGAUGUGUGUGGGGAUACAGAAAGCCGCUUAGCCAACGAACUUUUGCAGCAUGAAUUUCAGAUCGAAAGAGAGAUUCUGGAUCCUCUCAACCAGCUGGCAGAGGUGGAGAUUCCUAACAUACUGAAACAGAGGAAGCAACUCGCCAAGCUAGUUCUGGACUAUGACUCUGCAAAAGCAAGGUGGGUCCAGGCGAUUAAGUCCAGCAACCAGGCAAUGGCAGCUAAAGUAGACUCACUCAAGGACGAGAUGGACGAGGCUAUCAACAAAGUAGAAAUAUGCAAGGACCAGCUUUCUGCAGACAUGUACAGCUUUGCUUCAAAAGAGGGAGAUUACGCUCGCUAUUAUGUCAUGUUGUUAGAGGCUCAGGCAGAGUAUCACAGGAGGUCCCUGGCAGCUCUAGAAGCAGCUAUUCCCACAAUCCAACUGCAGCAAGAUUCCUGGAUGGAGAAGCCCGCAUUCGGCACGGCGCUGGAGGAGCACCUGAAGAAGAGCCACCGAGAAAUUGCUCUGCCUUUAGAGGCCUGCGUCAUGAUGCUGCUGGAGACCGGCAUGAAGGAAGAGGGACUCUUCCGGAUUGCUGCUGGAGCUUCAAAGCUUAAAAAGCUGAAAGCAGCCUUAGACUGCUCCACCUCGCAACUCGAGGAGUUCUACUCAGAUCCACAUGCAGUCGCUGGAGCCCUCAAGUCCUACCUAAGGGAAUUACCUGAGCCUUUAAUGACGUUUAGCCUUUAUGAUGAGUGGAUAAACGCCUCCAAUAUAUCUGACUCUGACAAGAGACUUCAGGCCCUUUGGGUGGCAUGUGACCAUUUGCCAAAGGCUCACAAAGCUAACUUCAGGUACCUGGUGAAGUUCCUGGCUAAACUGGCUCAGGAAAGUGAGUUCAAUAAAAUGACUCCUAGCAACAUUGCCAUCGUCCUGGGGCCCAACCUGCUCUGGGCCAAAACAGAGGGGACGCUGGCAGAGAUGGCUGCAGCUACGUCUGUCCAUGUUGGGGCCAUCAUAGAACCCAUCAUCCAACAUGCUGACUGGUUCUUCCCUGACGAGGUGGACUUCAAUGUUUCGGGCAUGUUUUCCAUGCCAAGCCACCCGCCGACCCCCGACCUAGAUCCCGUGCUGGAGAGGAAGCGCCCCGGCAGCACUGGGCAUGAAGGGGAUGCUCACACGCCCCGUAAAGACAGCCCUGUUAACAAACAUCCGGAGCCCGCUCCACGCAGAACCGGCACUGUAAAUAGAAAGCAGCCACCACUAACCUCACCCACCUUCCAAUCUACACUGCCCCCUCUGGAGACCCUGGGUUCCACCCAGCAUGUGCCGCAGUCCCCUCCGGUUCAGUCUCCAGGUCCAGAGGCUCAGCAGCUGGGUCUGAGCGCUGCCGCCGCCACUGCUGCUGGCGUUGAAGCUCAGGGGGGUGGGGUCCAGGCAGCCGCAGUGCAGCUUCAGGUUUUAACGCAGCUCAGCACAGAGGACAGCAGCCAAGCCCGAGAGGCCACCCCUCCUCCGCAGAGGAAAGGUUCACCUCAUCUUUCAGCCGGAACUUCGCACUCACCGGGUGGGUCGACAGGGCCGAGUCCACGUAUGGUCCGCAGAGGCACCAAAAAGCAGGCCCCAGCUCCACCCAAAGUGGCCAGCCCAUAUGCUUCUCAGUCCAGCAGCCCUCAGCCACCCGGCUCUCCUGGUCACCCCCCCCUCGCCACUCGUCGUCACUCCAGCAAAGAUUUCAUCCAUGCCCCGAGCCACCCACCACCACAACCUCCUCAAACCCAGCACCCCCCUCAGGGAGACACAGAGCCCUCUCCCCCAAGAACUCCCACACCUCCUGAUACUCCGCCACCAUACGCCACCGGAUCUCUGCCUCGCCCCGCCAGGCCUGCCCCGAAGCCGAGGAUUCGACCCAACAUGCCGCCGCCACCACAGCCCACAGCUAACGACAGUGGUAAUGGCCUCAUGAACUCUGCGUCCAAAAUUAUAACAGUAGAAGGAGGCCUGCUUAUUAAGGGGAUUGGAAAAGCUUUUAUCCCCAAGGUGAUCGAGGAGCAACAAGUGGAGGACUCUGCUGGUCAAGAGCCCAUCUCCACCCCAGAACCAAACCUUCACAUCGAGACAGAGAACACUCCCCUGUAGAAGAUGCUCCAGCUUCAGUCAUUAACCGAAGACAGGGUUAAACCUUCACGAUGCUUUUUUUUUUUGUCUGCUGUACGGAGUUGAACCAGAAGCCUUGUUGUACAGCGGUGGCUUAAACCACAACAAUGUUGUGCUGCCAUCGCUUCCAACAUUGAACUUUUUUAGCUGCGUGUUCUUCCGAGUGUUCAGAGAUUGGGUUUCAGAGCCACGGCCUAAAGAACCUCAAUUUUAUUGCAGCUUAACUAAGGAAAGAAAAAGGGUGCUGGAAAAAUCUCACUUUUUUUUAUACCUCUCUUCUUUUUACGCCAAAGUGUCAAAGCUAGAAAUUAUUUUGCAGACAAAAAUAUGAGUGCGGUUUUAGCUGUGUUUUAUAAUUUUUUUUUUUUGUUGAUGAGGAGAUUAGAAUUCAAUCUGCCACCUAUUUAUAAUAAAACUAAACUGCAUUUUCACUUUCCCAUUUCUGCAGAUUCAUCACACCUAAUGUGAUGUUCACACCAUGCAGGAAGGUAUCGAGAAAUGCCUAAAGGACCCAAAGAUAGCUUUGACUUUAGCGCAUAUUUAGAGUUGCAGUGACCAAAUACUUUGGGAAGGGUGCAAUAAGAGAUGCAGUUGUCUUCCACUGAUGCCGUGUUCAGAGUAUAUUGCUGCAUGUUGCGAGUAACACAGGUUAAAGUUGAUUGUUUAAUUUUUAAUCAGGAUUUUAUUUGAUGUCUGCUAAACUGAUUUUUAAAUGGAAAGGUCCUAUUUGAUGCUUUAAGUUUUAUGGUUGAAAGGGACAAUCUUCAUCUUUGUGUAACUAAUCACUCCUGAGAUCAAAGCUCAAUACAGGAGAAAAAAAAAUUAAAAUCCUUUUUUGUGAAUUA